CAAAUAAUGCCAUUGCCGGUCUUUCUUUAUAUUAACAUGCUUCACAGUUACGGUCUUCAGUAACUAGCAGUUAGCCGUAGGUGAAAGAACUUAACGUAUCCGAAAAUAUUCGGGAGUUUAUUUUUUUGUGAAAUUGAUCCUGACAUUAAUAAAUUCUUUAUAAACGCUUUGUAGUAUAAAUCGCUGUGUUAUAAUUUUUUUUUAUCAAUACGUUGUGUGCUAUUACUAGUAUUGCCAAGUUUUGCUGGUCGAUAAAAUGCAGAGAAGAGCAACAGCAUCGGGAAAUAAUGCAGCAGCAUCUGAUAUUGAUGAUAGUCAACUGUACAAAGAACAUUGGCCCGAUUUGGGGGGGUCAAUAAAGGAUAGCCUUCAUAAUGGCUGUCGACUUACAACAAUAACAAAAAAAUUUCCCAUUAUCACAUGGCUACCGAAAUAUGAGACCUCAUAUCUUUUGCAAGAUUUUAUAGCCGGAUUUACAGUGGGCCUUACCACCAUACCUCAAGCAAUUGCCUAUGGUGUGGUUGCUGGUCUGGAGCCACAAUAUGGUCUUUACUCAGCAUUUAUGGGAUGUUUUACCUACAUUAUAUUUGGUUCGUGCAAAGAUGUUACCAUAGCCACAACAGCCAUUAUGGCUCUUAUGGUCCAUCCAUAUGCUAUUCAAAGUCCGGACUAUGCUGCUCUUAUUUGUUUCCUGGCUGGCUGCUUGAUUCUCCUAAUGGGUCUUUUAAAUCUUGGAGUUCUUGUGCGUUUCAUAUCGAUACCAGUUAUAACAGGUUUUACAAUUGCUGCCGCUACAACUAUUGGUAGUGCCCAGAUUAAUAAUCUUUUUGGAAUGGCUACACCCUCUAAUGACUUGGUGCCUGCGUGGAAACACUUCUUUACACAUUUGAAUGCUAUAGGAUGGUACGAUGCAGCAUUGGGAGUAUCUUCCUUAAUAUUUUUAUUCCUUAUGAAGAAAACCAAAGAUAUACCUUUUGGAAACCGCAUAAUGUGGAAAUAUGUAUCACUCUCUCGGAAUGCCUUAACUGUGAUAAUUGGAACGUCCUUAGCAUUUGGUCUAAGUCGAGAUGGUGUACAACCGUUUAGAGUUACAGGAAACAUAACAGCUGGUCUACCUCCCUUCCGCCCACCACCUUUCAGUACAAAUGUUAAUGGCACCGAUGUGAGCUUCUCGGAAAUGAUACACACUGUGGGAGCCUCUUUGGCAUCAAUACCAAUGGUGGCUAUAUUGGAAGUGGUGGCAAUAGCAAAGGCAUUUUCUAAAGGUAAAAUUGUCAAUGCCUCUCAGGAGAUGAUCGCAUUGGGUAUGUGCAACAUCAUGGGAAGUUUUGUCUCUUCAAUGCCCGUCACAGGAUCGUUUACGCGGACUGCAGUCAAUAAUGCUAGCGGUGUGAAGACCCCUUUAGGUGGAGCGGUCACUGGAGCUUUGGUUCUUAUGGCUUUGGCAUUUCUGACUAAAACUUUUUACUUCAUUCCCAAGUGCACUUUGGCCUCGAUUAUAAUAGCGGCUAUGGUGUCAUUGGUGGAAUUGGAUAAAGUAAGGGAUACAUGGAAAGCAAAAAAAAAAGAUCUCUUCCCCUUUGUGGCCACUUUGAUACCUGCCAUGUUCUGGAGUUUGGAAUAUGGUAUUUUGUGUGGCAUUAUGGCCAAUAUCUCGUAUAUCCUCUAUAGUAGUGCCAAACCUCAAAUUUGGUUGAAUAAUGAAAAGAUUUUAGAGCGUGAGGUUGGCUUGGUCGAUGUAAAACAAAAACUGGAUUUUGCUUCAGCCGAAUAUCUUAAGGAGAAAGUUGUGAAAUUUGUAAAUCUUAAUGUCAGAGGCUCUAGGAAUUUGGUUGUUAUCAAAGGUCAAGAAAUUAAUUCCAUUGACUAUACGGUGGCUAUGAAUUUAAUAUCUCUUCGAGAAGACUUGAAAAUAUUAAACUGUGAUCUAAUCUGCUGGAAUUGGAAUGUGUCCUCAGCGGGUGUGGUCUGUCGAUUGGACAAUCAAAUGCGCGAUAUGUUUAGAUUUGAAAAAUCUUUGGAAGAAGUUGUCCAUGAAUAUCUUCAGACACAUUCCAAUACCUCAUCUGAGAAUAGUUUGUACACUUUAGCAUAAGUUCCUACUGCCACCAGCGCAAAAUGUUAUUAUAUGUACUUACAAUAUACAUAUGUAUGUAAAAUACAAA